AUGAGAGCCUCUGGCAUUUACCUCCUUUCCCUUUCCUCCCUUGUACUAGGGGCCGCCGUUCGCAGAUCUUCUUCCAACGGCACUGGAGGAGCUCUGUACUUUCUUGAAAACAAUCCAGCCGGCGCCAAUAUCGUAUCACUCGGUAUUAACUCAGAUGGCACCCUGGGUGCCCCAGUCCGCACCUCAACUGGUGGGGCCGGACUGGUCGGCAUGGGCAAUCAAGGGCCAGUGCAAGUUGACUCCCUGUUCUCACAAGAUGCCGUCCACGUCGCCGGUGAGCAUCUAUUCACCGUGAACGCCGGAUCUUCGAGCAUCGCCUACUUCCAUAUCCCACCGAACGACCCAACACACCCUGUCCUUGUUGGAGAGCCCGCCUCCACCGGGGGCGAUGUGCCCAACUCCGUUGCCUACUCCCCUAAGCACAAGCUCGUGUGUGCUACCAACACGGGCCCACGCGCGGGCGUAUCCUGCUUCUCGAUAACCGAGAACGGCCUUACCCCGAGCGGCGCCUUCAUGCCGCUGCCCCUGAACCAAACAAGUCCGCCCACGGGCCCGCCUAACACAUUCUCCGACAUCGUCUUCAACCCGGCCCAGACGGCUCUAUUCCUGACUCUCAAGGGCGACGGCGUGAAUCCCGGCUCCAUCUUCGCGUUCCCCGUCUCGGGCGCCGGUGUCGUCUCGCCCAAGCCCCGGGUUUCGCAGCCGGCCGAGCUGCUGACCGACUUCGCCAUGUCCUUCAUCAACGACACGCACGCCUUCGUCGCGGACCCGGCGUACGGCGGCUCCUUCGUGCGCGUCGGCUGCGGCCUCGACGUCUCCGUCACGCGCAAGGUCACGAUCCCGGGCCAGGUGGCGGCGUGCUGGUCGCGGUACGACGCGAGGCGGGACGAGGUGCUGGUCUUCGACGCCGGGGUCAGCGACAUCACGGCCGUGGCGGCGCAGUCUGGCGAGAUCGCGCGCAACAUUACCGGAGUCGCCGAGGCCAUGGGUCAGUUCGACGCCGUGCUCCGUGGCGACCGCUUGUAUGUUCUGGAGAAUGCCCCCGGUAUCGGUGUGUACGCCCUCGCUGGCGCGAACGGGACCAGCAUCCUGCAGAAUUUUGAUCUGAGUGCGUUUGGAAAGCGCCAGUUCUUCCAAGGGCUGGCCAUCUAUCCUAGUGCCUAG